AUGGGCUCUGUCGCAGACACCGACGUCACCCUACCCGACGCUGUGGUGCCAAAACGGGAGUCGAGUGGUGACCGAUAUUCUUCCUGUUCAGCCUCGACCCCGGAGCCGACAGACGAGGCAGGAGGCGACGAGGUUCAUUCGUCCAAGGAGCCUGCUCCUGCGCCAAAGCGCAAGGGAGGUCGCAAACCUAUUUAUGCGACCUCAGAGGAACGCAAACAACGGAAUCGGCAAGCGCAAGCGGCUUUCCGCGAACGACGGACUGAGUAUAUCAAACAACUCGAGACCACUAUUCAGCACCAUGAGGAAACGCUCCAGAAUCUGCAACAGAGCCACCGUGCAGCCGCCGAUGAGUGUCUAAUGUUGCGGUACAAGAAUUCGUUACUGGAACGGAUUCUGCUCGAGAAAGGCAUCGAUGUCCAGGCCGAGCUGGCGCUCAAAGGGAGUCCAACCCUUCGACCACAUCGCGCCCCUCCCAUGACAGGGCAAGCGUCGCCGAUGCAAAAGGCCAUGCUCAGCAGGCACCAAACGAGACCGCGAACAACAAUGGCACCUCCAAUCCAGACUGUAAAUCCUCCUCCCCUUGUUGGGGGCAAACGAAAUUUCGCAGGCUCACCCACAGCACAGCCCACCCCUCCCUCACAACACUCCUCACCCUCGACAGCAAGAUCACCUGGUUUUGCAUUACCAGGUGGGAUGACCUCACCCGCGAUGGAGAUGGCCACUCAGCAACCUCAACAGCAGCUGCAGGGCCGAACCUUACCGCCGCCGCAUCGCAGCUCGUUUCUUGCGCAGUCUAGGCAUCAAGGACAUGCCAUGUCUGGGCCCAGUACAACACAAGCUUAUCCUCCACGCAGUCAACAUGAGAGCUACUAUCCAGCCUCGUUCCAGAAACACUACACUCAACUCGGCAAGCUGACCCAGCAGGAGUACGAUGCGCAAGCUAGUAUCAUGGACGAUAUAGAUGCCGACGACGUCGAUACAGAUAGCUUCAUCCCCAACUUUCGCCUACCACCUACGACCACGACAGCAGGCAUGUCCAUGGGCAUGCAAGCCUCGCCUCCGACGACCACUAGCGCGGCUAGUGACGGCGGCGGCGGCAUGAUUGAUCCAUACGACCCAAUGCUGGACGCUGACCCCUUCGGACUGACUGCCAGCAUGCAUUUUCCUAAUCCUUACCCCUAUCCACCUACACACUCAAGAAGGUGA